CGACGAAAAGGUUGGUGAAUCCAAUGAACAUCUCUUCGGAAAGGAAUUCAUUGAGCAUGGUGCCAUGGCUUGAUGAGGCCCAUGCACAGCACCACCAAUUAGGCAUCAUUUUCCAUCAUUUUAUUGAAAACUCCGCAAGUGACCGCGCAUCAACGGUCUUGAUAUUUUGGCCCAGGAAUCCAGGCGGUAACCCAAUCCAAUCUCAGCUAUAUCUCUUUCCAUCCAAUCCUAGUCACUCAUCUUGCGCAAGUUCAUAUAGCCCUUGCGCAUGCUCUGUGCACUUUCGUGAUUUUUGCAGUGCUCAAGUUUUUCUGAAAGUAGCCCUAAGUUCCCAGGCCAUCCGAUUCAUUCACCUUGACACAUAUUAUUGAUAUCAACGGGGGCUCAAGUCCUUGACAUUAACAGACACAUCUGACAGACAAGAAAGUCUGUUCACCAGACCUCUUUCAACCCAAGUGCGCAACAUAUAUUUUCAGUUGUCUUAUUCAUACGAACCGGCUUUCGAACGCACAUCUCUCAACCACAGAAAUUAAGCACGGCAACACUUGCUCUUUCACAACUUUACAAUGUCGAUUCGAUCCUUUACAGCCAUCUCCCUUGCAGUAGCUUGCAUCCUGGUAUGCUUGUUACCCGAGACGCAAGCUGGUGUUUGCUCAAUCUUACAAGUUCGCGGGGCCAAUGGCAAAAUCGGAACGGGUUUUGGAGUUCAACCUGACAAUGUCGUUCCUCGUAGCGGUGGUGGCGAUACCGGUGCGGACGCAACAGAGUUUCAGGCGACCCCCAACCCAAAUCCUGUUUGCGGCACGGUUGCCAAACUUCCCGAGAAACGCGUUGACAUCUCGUCUUUCAUGAGCCAAGCUAUCGACGCUGGUGUGCCCUCAGUUUUCUCCAACGGAUCUAUUCCUAUGACUGUCUUCCAAGUCAACCGGAUCGGAGGAGGUCCCAUGUCUUGUGAAUACAGCUCUGAUGGAACUGGGAAUUCAUGGCAGCCAAUGGACAUGACCCUCAACAUGCUAGGAAACUUUGGGAUCGAAUCUCAGGAGAAUACCAAAGUGACUGUAGUGACCACCUUACGAGCUGGAAGCAGAUUCACUGGAGGCCCUAACCAUGACAUUGGGCUUGUUCGUUGUCGAGCUGGAACGGACGGAAUUUGUGGUGGUUGCUUCGCCGUCCAAAUGAGUGGUCAAGUGACCGACGCCUCGAACGGCGGUGCAUCCGCAACCCCAGCUACCCCUACCCCUCUACAACUUACCUCACAACAAAUGUCGAAAGUGGUUUCGAAAGUGAUUGACCUAGCCAAAACACAGAAUUUGGUGGCUACUAACUAACGGAACUCAAGUUGUUCCCUCCCCCUCCUCCAGCUAGCUUUUGAUUUCCUCACACCACCCGAUAUUUGCUUCUACUAUGGGCAAUAAUGACAAAUCCACACUCUUACACUGCUACACUGUCAUUUCUCAUCGAGGGGUUUUCCAGUAUUCCUUUGUACAAAUUGCAUGUGUUCAAUGAAUUUUUGAUUUGGCUUUACAUAUAUCUCUCAGGUAGCCUUUCCACUAAGAGUGCAAGACACUCCAGCCAAGCAAUCCAGAACAUGCACUACUCAAGCAAAGUGAGGAUCACUAUCACACAAACACAUUAAUUGAAAAGGUUGUACUACAUGGAAGAAGGUUCCUUAUAGGACAAAAAUGUGCCACUUGACCACUAACUCAUGUUUUGUUGCAAAGAAUCUCAAGUCUGGAUACCAAACAUGUCAUGAGCUGUAAUUACCCAAUUCUAUAUGUGGGAAUGUCACUCUAUGUUGCUCUUGCUG